AUGUCUUCCACGGCGCGUUUUAACAUUUUCUUACCCGCUAUGGGCAUGAAGAUAACGCCCAAGAAUGACUACACCAAACAUAAUCUUGUUCGGCGACCAGACUUGAUAACCCCUGGCAUGUCUGCUCGUCGAGCUUCCGAUUUUUCAUUCUUGGAAAUUCCCGACAGUGCGAUGCCCGAAGUCAAACAUGGCGUCGAUCAAUGUUUUACGUGUUCGAUGUAUGGUCACGUCUUCGUGGAUUGCCCCAUCAAGGGAAGCAAGCCACGAGAGGACUUCAACGAUUGGCGACUCGUUGCCAACGGCAAGGUCUACAGCUGCCUUGCUUUGUGGCCUCAUCUUGCUGUUCAACGUGCUAUAGCGGCUUCGCCACUAUUCAAGGUUCCAGUGCCGCCGAGCGCGGUCUCAAGGUCCUUGUCCAUCACGGCAACGGCGUCGUAUCACCACGGCACAUCCCUGCCGUCGAAACGGAAGCUGUCACCAAACGCCGAGCAAACAUACUCCGUCGCGUCUGCACAACCUUCAUCUACUGCCGUGAACGCCCUCUGUUCCCCGCACGAUGAAGGACGGCAACUGAUUUGUCGCCCCGGUCAAGUUGGUGUUCCGUCGCAAAGUAACCGAGGCGCGGGUGGGAAUCUUCAUAUUCGAGUACCCGAAAUGUCAGAAAUACUCCGAAAGAAUGACAGGGAUGGCAAAUUCCAGCCACGCCGGGCACGGUCUAAGUCUUGUUCAAGUAUGAUUCGUAUCUGCAUGAAGCCAUUACCCUACAACGGUAUUUCGCGUCACAUCAAGUGUAAAACGUGUUCUUUACAAUGUGUCGGAUUGGAUAAUUGUUCGAUAGUACUUGAGUCUUUGCAUGAUUUCGCGCGGCAAAAGCCGAACUCAUUUGUCGCAAACUAUGCUGUACAGCAGCGUAGUUGUGAACUGUUGACUGACGCGGAAUUAAACGCUUUCCGCGGUUACGUAGCCUGGGCAUGUAACACCUCGACGUGCCUUGACGUCGCAUCAAGGCUGAAACCGCUGAUAUCUUUCCAGCCUUCAUCCAUGGGAGUAUCCGGCGAGCGGAAUGUUUCGCCUGCUGAGAGUAUCUCAUUGUUUGUCUCUUAA